GAUGUCAGUUAGUCCUCGUCGGUUGUUUGAACAGUUCGGAAGUUUAACGAGAAAGGCACUACGUUGUGCGCGCGCUCUUGCGGUUUUUUCGGCGUGGAACUACUCUGCGCGUGGACCUGUCUUUAGUCUUUAGUAGUCAGCGGCUUAAGCCAAGAGUAUAUAGAUACUUACUUCUGCAUAUAUAGGAAAGUCUCGGUGGCGCGUUAAGUUAGUUAUUGGAGUCAACCAGUUUCCCCAGUGUUGUUGUUUAUGCACCGUGCUGUUUCGGUGGACCACUGAAUGCAUCGAAGCUGCUGCGUACCCUCGUGGUCGUUGUCGUCGUCGUGGAAGACAAGUGGGAUCGCCGCUGCCGAAACAAAACACAAACACUGGAGGCACAAAGCUACUCUAAACAGGCUCGUAUGCGCGAAAAAAUUACAUAAUUUUCGUAUGAUACCAUACAUUGCAGUAGCGUCAGUGAUAUUUUUAUUACAGGCCCAUUAUUGAAAUGGUCCGAUGUGAGCAUUAUUGUGCAGCGGUUUUAUGGCCUCAGUUUAAGUUGUUGUAGGUGGUUUAAGCCGAUUGUCACCAAAGCGAAUCGAACGGCCUCACUUACGGUUACGUGUACUUGAUGCGUGAAAUUUGGUGAAAUGUUAAGUAACUGGUGUACCCGGCAUGAGGUAAAAGGUAUCUCUAUCGUUGAGAUCAGCAGCAGCAGCAGCUGUCGGCGUUAAAAGGUUGAGUGUUAGACAAAGCUGAAAAAGCAAUAGUAAAACGUCCGAAAAAAUAGUGUUUUGUGUAGUCAAUAUUUCCAGUGAAAGCAAACACGUGAAAGCAGUUAUUUACCUCUUCGUCGUUCGGCUUUGCGGGCCAUCGUUUGUACCAAUUGAAGAAGAAAAAAUCAGUUGUUUACAUUUUGCGCCGAAGAGCUAUUUUUGUUGUAUGAGUUGCUGCCGUUGUUGGUCACUAAACUUGCCUGUGCGAAUCGAUUUUGCUUUUGGUUUUUGUCUUCGUUUGCGGCAACAUUUUUAUUGAACAACUAGUCGGUCGGAUCAGUUUAUUUUUUAUAAGGAAAGGAAACGCACAGACGCGAAAAAGUCGAAGAUCAAAAACCCGGCUCCGGCAUAUUUCUUGUCCUUUGCUUCUCCUACUCUACUCAUUAAACCUUUUCCACUGACAACUGCAUCGGCAACAAAGUCAACCCUCCCGUGUAAGGGAUGAAAGUGAGAUUGACUUGCACUUAGUUAAAAUAUUUAAUAAAUGAACGAACGGCACGACCAAAAACGCACAGUUGUCGUUGAAGUAACACCACGUUGUGCCAUUUGACUGCAGCAGCAGUAGCAGCGCGACGCAUUGAUCACUGAUCGAAGCAGGCCGGGCUAGGUAAUCAUAGAAAUUGCACCAACAAUCGUCACAGAGCCCAGGCUGACUUGCAGCAACGUCGAAGGAAAUCAGCAUCCAAGCCAAGACAGCCCUGAAGCCAACACCAGACCCGGACGAUCUCUUUUCUCAACGGACAGCAGCGCUCAGGGCUCAGGGCCUACAACAACAACCACUGCAGCAAGCAACCAAUUACGGUGCGCGCGACCUGCCCUAGCCGUCGUCAUCGUCGACGUCGUCGUCCGUGUUCGGUCAAAUGAUGCUUUUGGCAAAAGUGCUGACGAUCUGCUGUUAUUUCACGAUUUUCGCCGAACUCUACUUGAUUGAAGCUUUCCAAAAGAACAGCAACUACGAUUUCAUCAACGAUCUGCUGGAGGAACGAAGACAAUACGAGGCUGCCCAUAAAUCGAUCGCCGAAUGGAGGAACACCCUCACUAGGAACAGGAAAAAACGCGCUGACAAAGUUGUUUGCUAUGGCGAGCUGGGGUGCUUCGAGGAAACAGCCUACUUGGAGAUGCUUCCAUCGCCGCCGGAGGAAAUUAACACCAAAUUCCUAGUGUACUCAGCCAAGCAUAGGAGCGAGAAACCGUACAUUGAAUUCUACUACGAUGAAAUUGCCAAGACGAGUGGUGACAACGGAACGACGGCUGCCCCAUCCCCACCUCUGUCGGUUGGGAAGAGAUCUGCGGCCCAGACGACUGCCCCCGGAUCGACCGCGGCCAACAAAACCGUUCCCGUGAAGCACAGCUACGCCCCGGAGAAGAUAUACGAAAAGUUCGGCAACCUAGAGAACACUACGGCCCGGGCCAUUAUCCAUGGAUUCGGAUCAGGAUGCUUACACGUUUGGGUUUACGAGAUGCGGACGGCGCUGAUGGCUGUGGAAGACUGCAUGGUCAUAUGUGUAGAUUGGGAAAACGGUGCAACUCUACCGAACUAUGUCCGGGCAGCGGCCAACACUCGUUUGGUGGGACGACAGCUGGCGUAUCUGCUGAAGGGUCUUGAGACACACAACAAGCUCAACAUGUCCCACGUUCAUCUGAUUGGUUUUAGCUUGGGAUCACACGUGGCCGGAUUUUCCGGAAUGGAACUGAAAGGGUUGAACCGUAUCACGGGACUCGAUCCAGCUGGGCCACUGUUCGAAUCACAGCAUCCACACGCACGGCUGGACGAUUCAGAUGCCGGUUUCGUGGAUGUGAUCCACUCGAAUGGCGAGAAUUUGAUUCUAGGCGGACUGGGUUCGUGGCAACCCAUGGGAACGGUUGAUUUCUAUCCCAAUGGAGGGCGCGUGCAGCAUGGAUGCUCAAAUCUGUUUGUCGGUGCCGUCACCGACAUCAUUUGGGCACCACCUGCAUCGGUUGAGGGUCGAUCUUUAUGCAACCAUCGACGAGCGUACAAGUUCUUUAUUGAUUCCGUGGCGCCCAAGUGUCUGUUUCCGGCCUUCCCGUGUGACAACUAUGAUGAAUUUUUGAAGGGUAGUUGUUUCUCCUGCAAUCGGAUGGAAAACGGUUCCGAGAAGUCGGUUUGUGGUAAUAUGGGUUAUUACGCUGACCGUUCGAUUGGACGCGGACAAUUGUACCUGAAAACACGAGAGGAAGAACCAUUUUGCGCUCACCAGUACAAGGUUCAAAUUUUAAGUUCAUCCAACGACGCACCCUUGAGGACUUUGGGCAGAAUAGAGGUUGAGCUGGAGAGUGAUGGUGGAUUAACUGAAGUUUUCACCAUAACAGAGAAAGAUGAUGCUGAAAUGUUAUCCGGGAAAAUGCUGUCCCAUAUUUUGGUCCCCCAUCCUGCCUUAGGAUUCCCUAAAAAUAUAUCACUGACGUAUACCGCCUACAAAGGCUGGCUAACUAGAGGUCUGCCGUCGUGGAAUAUCCAGAAAAUCAUUCUUAGUGAUGGCUUCGGAAAAAUUUUUUCGAUCUGUAAGCAAAUGCAGCUUGAAACCAACAAGCCAAUUCAUAUGACUCUUUUGCCGGGUGAAUGUGAAGAGGAGAAAGAUUUCGCCAGUGGAAGUGGUGGCGAUGAUCAAGCGACUGAUUCGCCCGAAGACAGUGAUGAAAGUGACGAUUACGACGAUGCCUCCAAAGGUCAGAGCAAUGAACGGAACGAUGUGAAUCCAUACCCGCACGGUUUCCGCGGUAAAGCUCCAAACAGUCACGAUAAGACACUUGAUGAACAGCCCUGGCAGCCUAUCGUCAUAGAUUUGCCGCGAAGCUAUCGGAACACGGACUCCAACAGUUCGUACCCAGUCUACGUUAAGCCUUCUUCAACUACAAUGGUACCCACGUCAACUCCACCAACAAUCAGCGAACCAGUACUGAAACGAAAGUUACAAAACAAAAGCAAUGACCGCGCGAGCGAUAAACGUUCCAUUGAUCCAGCCCCGAUCGGGAACGCUUCAUCUUCGUCAGCUCCUCCCCCACCUCCACCCACGGCUGAUAACAAAUUCAUCACGGUUCAACUAUUCCCAUACCGAUUUGCCAACAUCUUCGAAAAGGCAGAAAGGUACGCCAGACUGACCUUGUUGCCAUUGCUGACGGAACAGUUUCCGCAGUUUUUCAAAGCCAAAACCGACGAAGACUUACCGCUGCAGCAAGCAGACAUCGAAUUCAACCAGACUGAACCGGUACCAACGGUGUACAAAACAAAUAGGACCGAAUCUAAAAAGAUGGCACCGAUUGCAACGAGGCGGGUCGACGACAUGGACACUGCCGCGUCCGCCAGCAUCAGUCAAUCGUACAGUGAGCAGAGAAACUUUGGUGGCACCAAAGACAAAGUCGAAGUCCUACCACCGAACACCAACAAAGUGUUUAUCAGUGAAGAUGCGCUGUUCAAGAUGCAUCGGAUUGAGGAACCGACAGCAGCUCCUGCGGACGUGCAACCCCAAACACCGGAGGAAGCCAUCCGGAUCGAACUGCCAACGUUUAGGCCUCCGAAGGCGAUCAUUCUGCCGCUGAUGGACCAGAAGACGAGAUUCAUUCCCCUCAGCUACGAGGAGGACGCAAAAGUAGAGUCGAAACCGACGGAAGUGGCCACUAGUGAAACAAGCAACAGCAAUGUGAUGGGUGAUAUGAAACCAAACGAUAGCAAAAGCUGAGAGUGGAGAGAGAAUGAAAGAUAUGACAGUAUUUAAUAAUGUGUAGUUAGCGUUAGGAACAAUG